AUGCGAGGGAAGUGGAUGCUCUGGAGAGCAUUAGUUUAUCAUGCCGGGCUUGUGGCGGGCUUUAUGUACAAUCCGGAGAGUCCGUUGAAAUGUCAAAUGUAUGGCAUAUCUUACCAGGAUUGUUUAAACUCGAUUUACCGGCCGCUAAAGAUGUACAACUCUUAUGUUUCGAGCUUUAAUCUACCGGUGCAUAAAGAUCCACAGUGCUCGUUUGGACCGUGCAAGAUAGCUUUGCUGCGGACGGGUGCUGGGCGGAUUAUAAGUAUUGUGAAAGGCGCACAGCCGCCGGGUGAGUGUGUUUGCUUGGGACUGGCUAAUUGUGGAUGUGAAGUACUCCCGGAACAACCGCCGGCUCCCCAUGUGGUUUAUACAAUGCCGACUCCAGAUAUAGUGGAGGAGGAAGAGCCGGCUCAAACAAUUACGAAGACAGUUAAACGGACAAAAACAGUGGAAAUAACUAGGACUCAGUCUCUGGUGCCGGAACAUACCAUUGUGCCGCCGGCUAAGUAUGAGAAGAGUUCGGAUUCCCAUGCUUGGCAAGCAUUGAUUGAACACGUUUAUGCACUGGGUCAGCCGUCUUUGGGGACUUUCGGGCAGUCUGGGAAUGCAACUACUCCAGUGGGACCGCCGCCACAUGUAGUUGUGCCACCACGGGCCGAACUACUUAGCCAAGGGGAUGGCAGUAGUUCGCACCUGGGGUCGGCCCAGAACUUUGCCGCCCAUGCGAUGAACGACAUGUCCAAUUUGAUUGGUCAUGCUAAGGGUAAUGUGAUUACAAUUCCCUACUCAACUAUUACUAAGACAACUAGUAUAACUAUUCCUACUUUCUCAACUACAACACGCACGCAAUAUGUUGUUAAUACGGUUGAUAACUACAUUACCGAAACCAUUACUACUACUCGCCUUAAAACUACCACGGAAAUAACCACCCUUACAAAAACAGCUACUAUUACUGAAACUAUCAGCGACCAUGUUGAACGAACUAAGUUCAGCACUAUCUAUCUUUCAAAAACUAUCACUUUAGACAAACAAACUACACUCACUAAAACAGUGCCCAAAACCAUCAUUAUCCGCCGGACCAAAACCAAAGUCCAACUGACCACCAUCACGCCCCAACCCAAAACAACUACCAUAACUGCUUUGCCUACACCUGUCGCUCCACAACCCGGCCCCAUCCCUCCAAUCAUCAUUCAGCCUCCACCCGCGCCUAGUCAGAUCCGGGCCAAGAAGUACAUGCUCGUUAAGAAGCCCAUCUUCCAACGCGUUGUGCGUCGCUGCCGCAUUCUCAACAACGGCUGCCUGGAUGCCCAACAAGCUAUGUCGGGCGAGUGCCAAAUAGAGAAAGCACAAACCCAGGGCCAUAACUGCCCGCCCGUGCAUACUUUCCCUGGAUUCCGACACCCCCAGCCAAUACCACUCCCUGAGAAACCCGAAGAUUGCGGCGAUGACUGCAACGAAAUAGUCAAAACUGUUUAUGUACGAGCAUCACCUACAAGCAGAAUGUAG